ACCUCUAUUUAUUCCUUACUAUUUGUUCUCCUACUUACACAGUCACAACAAAUAUUCCCUGCCGAAAAAGGGAAUUAGGCGCAGGCACGUAGAAUUAGUGUAAUCAUGAACUCAAUCAGAAUGAUGAAGAAGAAGAAGCUGCUGGACCUGCAGUGCCUGCCCAUAGUAAUUAAUCCCUUCAUCAUCAUCCUCAUCUUCAUGAUGGGCAGCUUACCACCAACUCUAUCAGUCUCAAAUUAUUCAGUUGCAAAGCCCAACUGCAUUGAUCGUUGCGGCGACGUAAGAAUCCCUUUUCCUUUUGGCACCACACCAGAUUGUUACGAAAGCCGUAGUUUCUUCGUCACCUGCAAUCAAACUUCCCAUCCCGGCCCUAAACUUUACGUGAAAAAUUCCACCAUAGAAAUCACGGAUAUAUCACUUGAUGGCCAACUUACAGUCUUGCAGUACAUAGCACGUGACUGCUAUGCUCCAAAUGGCACCGGAGAUGGUAAUGAUCCCUACAUAUCCUUUGCAGACUUUACAGUUAAUACUACUGCUAACAAGUUCACUCUUGUGGGCUGUGAUGCAUAUGCCUAUAUCAAUGGCCGGCGGCUGGGCAACCGGGAAUACACGACGGGUUGCAGUGCCUUCUGUACUGACGGCGACAUUCCUGAAGAUGAGUUGGAGGGGCCCUGCACGGGUUUGGGCUGCUGUGAGCUCGCCUACAUUCCCGAAGAUGUUUGGAGAGUGGAUAUCGACCUCAGGAGUUUCACGAAUUAUACCAAACGUUCAGGCUUCGAUAAUUGCAGCUAUGCUUUUCUUGCUGAGGAAACUGUAUUCAAUUUUUCUCGGCAAAGUGUUGCAAAAUUGAAGAAUGUUACACAGCUUCCUAUGGUGGCUGAUUGGGCAAUUGGGAAUAUGACAUGCGAGGAGGCCGGGAAGAACUCCUCAGACUAUGCUUGCAAAAGCUCCAACUCCAAGUGCUACGAGCCCAACAGUGGUUCUGGGUACCGAUGUAGUUGCCUGGAGGGCUAUCAUGGAAAUCCUUAUCUCGUUCAAGGCUGUCAAGAUAUAGAUGAAUGUAAGCUCAGCAAGUGCAGAUAUGAUUGUCGGAACACCAAUGGCAACUAUACCUGUCUCUGCCCAAAAGGGUACCAUGGUGACGGACAAAAUUGCAGUCCUGGUGAUUCUGGUGAAUCAUUCAUUCUAAAACUUGUAGCAGGAAUUGCCGUUGCGAUCAUACUCCUGCUACUUGUUGCUUUCUUGUUGUACUGGGAACACAAGAAAAGAAGCUUCAACAAGAUGAAGCAGAAGUUCUUCCUUCAAAAUGGUGGCACACUGUUACAAGAGAAGCUCCAUGCAAGAGGAAGAUCACCAGAAUCUGUGAAGAUUUUCACUUCAUUUGAGCUUAAAAAAGCAACAGAUGACUUUAAUGAUAGUAUGAUAGUUGGCCAAGGAGGCUUUGGCAUCGUGUACAAAGGCUUGUUACCAGAUAACAGCAUAGUUGCCAUCAAGAAGUCUAAAUACGUCGAUCCAAACCAAGUCGAGCAAUUCAUCAAUGAGGUGAUAGUUCUUUCUCAAGUAAACCACAGAAAUGUCGUUAGGCUCCUUGGUUGUUGCUUAGAAACAGAAGUUCCUCUUCCGGUGUAUGAAUUCAUCAGCAACGGAACGCUUUCUUCACACAUACACAAUCAAGCGAGGGCACGUUUUCUUUCUUGGGAUAUACGUCUAAAGAUUGCUGCAGAAGCUGCUGGAGUGCUCUCAUACUUACACUCAGCGGCUGCUACUCCAAUCAUUCAUAGAGACGUCAAGUCAGACAAUAUUCUUUUGGAUCAUAGUUUCACAGCUAAAGUGUCUGAUUUUGGAGCUUCAAGGCUGGUUCCUCUGGAUCAUACUCAGUUGUCAACAGUGGUGCAGGGAACCCUUGGAUACUUAGAUCCUGAAUACAUGCAAACCAACCAAUUGACUGAGAAAAGUGAUGUCUAUAGCUUUGGAGUAGUCCUCUUGGAGCUACUAACAGGCAGGAGGGCUAUAAUCUUUGAUAAGCCAGAGGAUGAGAAAAACUUAGCCAACUUUUUCCUUUCUGUACUCAAGCAAGAAUGCUUAUUCCAAGUUCUUGAUGAUAAUAUUUCGGGUGAUGAUCGAAAUACUAGGGAACAGAUAAUGCAAGUUGCUAGGCUUGCACAGGGGUGCUUAAAUAUGAAAGGGGACGAUAGGCCUAGUAUGAAGGAAGUUGCAAUGGAACUAGAAGGGCUGCUACAUGGAGGGAAACACUCAUGGGCCCAAACUGGAUGCAAUGCAGAAGAGAUGGAAUCCUUGCUUGCUGGGGGAUAUAAUGGCAUUUCCAUCAACGGUUAUGGUGAUAGCACAAGUGUUGGAUUUGAUAGCCUCAGGAAUGGCUUUGUUUCACCAAUGAGUGGAGGAAGAUGAUGCCUGCUUCUGCCAGGCAAAUAUAAAUCAGUUCUUUGAUCACAUCAGUGAGGUUUUAAGUCCUACUAUACUCUCAUUAUUGUAUAUCGUUCCUUUCUUGCAACUCUUUUGUCUUUGUUAAGUACCCCUUUUGAAUUCAAAGGGACCGAUCCAGCUUGAACUUUAAGUUUAUGGGGCAAAACAAAUUAUCAGUGUGCUUUGCCAAGACCGACUUCUUUCUCUUUUCCUGCUUUAGACUGAUAUUGAUGAUAUAAUACAAGCUGUGGUGCUUGGGAGUGUAGUUAUGCCAAGACUCCCUCGGUUUCUGCUGCUAUUCGAAUAAACCAGACGAUUUCCUUUGGUGA